AUGGCCGCCCCGGCGCGCGGCGACCGCGCCUGGAACAUCCUGGCCGCCCUGGCCAUCGCCCUGCUGGGCUGCGCGGCGGCGCGGGACCUGAUGCAGAUCAACGUGCUGGACAACGUGGAGUCGCUGGGGCCCUUCGAGGCGUCGGGGCCCGCCGACUGCGCGGACCUCUGCACAGAACAGGAAGGUUGCAGGGGAUACAGGUGGCGAGGUGGGAUGUGCAACCUGACUGUGGUGGCUGGCACUACCGGUUCAGAACCUUCAGAUCCACCUCCCAGCAUGGAAACACCUCCCAGCAUGGAAACACCACCCAGCAUGGAAACACCACCCAGCAUGGAAACACCACCCAGCAUGGAAACACCUCUGGCAAUUGUGCCUGCAACGUCCCCAGCGGCUGCACCUGCAAUGGCACCGGCGUCGGUCAAUGUGUCGACUGAUAUUGAUGAGACCCCGCCUCCGCCGGAAGAAGACGAUACCGACUCUCCACCGAUGACCACUGAAGAAAUUUUUGCUUUCAUUGAGGAAUGCCGCAACACGGGGUCCCUCGCUGCUGGAGCUGCAGCCAGCGCCUCCUGCCUUGUCGUCACGAACAACUGCCCUGUGCCGCCUGCUGACGCCAGUGACAACGUGGCGCCACUCAACCUGGCCGACAACGACCCCCCCCUUCCCGCCGUGGAGCAGCUGAGGGCCGCCCUGGACGAGGCCUGCCGGCGCGAGACAAUCGAGACCUGCAAGCGGGAGUCGUUCAACUCCGCCGAGAUCCUGAACCCCGAGUGCGUACGCAUCCUCACCCGCGGGCCCGCUGUCAGCGUCAUCGGCUGCGAGGACACCAGAGUGGCCAACCAAAUGUUCGCCAACGAGACGGCCAAGAUCUGCGAGGCAUGA